CAGCCAAUGGGGGGCGAGGGGCGUGUCCGGGAAGGAGCCGGAAGGGGCGGGGCUUCUCGGUUGGGCCUCAGCAGAGCCCGCCCCGCCCUCCUUCCCUCCCGCCGCCAUUUUUUCCUUUGUGAGGCGAGAAGAGAGCGAGAAAGAGCGAGAAAGAGAGCGAGGGCGAGUGUGAAAGGCACAGGGAAGGAGCAGAAAAUACACCUCCAGUUGCUGCUGGGGCCUGCAGGCAUGGCCGGGUUGAUCUCUGCGUGGCUCCUUCAGAUCGGCGGAACUCCCUGCCACAGGUCAGAUUAAGCUGAAUGCAGGUGGCCGCCCGCCCGGGUUCAAGUAAGUAAGUAAGGAAAGGAGGAUUCUGUAGAGCCACUUCCUGGAUGAAGAAAGGAAAGAAUAAUAUAGGAAGAAGAAAUCCUCUCAACUGAUGAUCUUGCUGAAUUCUUCACCUCACUUACAGAUAAGAAAGGACAAAAAGAAGAGUCAAGUAUCCGUAUUGCAAUUAAGCACUCCUAUCACUGUUGACAUGAAGGAGAAAGCACAUAAAUGCCUAGAGUGUGGAAAGAGUUUUGCUCGAAGGGAUCAUCUGCAGCAACAUGAAAGGAUUCACACUGGAGAGAAGCCCUAUGAAUGCAUAAAGUGUGGAAAGAGCUUCAUUAAAAGUGGAGAUCUAUGCAGACAUCAAAGGACUCACAUUGGGGAGAAACCUUAUAAAUGCCUGGAGUGCGGACAGAGCUUCACUGAGAAUGGAAGUCUACGUUCACAUCAACGGACUCACACUGGGGAGAAACCCUACACAUGCAAGAAGUGUGGAAGGAGCUUUACUCAGAUAGUAAAUCUACAUACACAUCAAAGGACUCACACAGGAGAGAAACCCUAUACGUGCUUGGAGUGUGGAAAGAGCUUCAGCCAGAGUUCAAAUCUACAUGCACAUCAAAGGAUUCACACUGGGGAAAAACCCUAUAAAUGCCUGGAGUGUGGACGGAGCUUUACUGACAGUUCAAAUCUACAUUCACAUAAAAAGACUCACACUGGGGAGAAACCCUAUACAUGCCUGGAGUGUGGAAAGAGUUUCACUCGGAGGGAUCAUCUACAGCAACAUGAAAGGAUUCACACUGGGGAGAAGCCCUAUGAAUGCAUAGUGUGUGGAAAGGUCUUCAGUAAUAAUGGAAGUCUAAGUUUACAUCAAAGGACUCACACUGGGGAGAAACCCUAUAAAUGCCUAGAAUGUGAACGUAGCUUUAGUGAUAGAUCCAGUCUACGUUUACAUCGAAGGACUCACACUGGGGAGAAACCCUACACAUGCACGGAGUGUGGAAAGAGCUUCACUCAGAUCGUACACCUACAGUCACAUCAAAGGACUCACACUGGAGAGAAACCAUUUAAAUGCAUGGAUUGUGGACAGAGCUUUACUCAUAGUUCAGGACUACGUUCACAUCAAAGGACUCACACUGGGUAUAAACCCUAUACAUGCCUGGAGUGUGGAAAGUGCUUCACUGUCAGUGCAAAUUUACAUUCACAUCAAAGGACUCACACUGGAGAGAAACCCUAUAAAUGCCUGGAGUGUGGACAGAGCUUCGCUCAUAAUUCAGGUCUUCGUUCACACCAAAGGAUUCACACUGGGGAAAAACCCUAUAAAUGCCUGGAGUGUGGAAAGAGCUUCACUUUGUGUGCACACCUACAGAGACAUCAAAGGACUCACACUGGGGAGAAACCCUUUAAAUGCCUGGAGUGUGGAAAGUGCUUCACUCGGAAGGCUACUCUGCAGCAACAUGAAAAGAUUCACACCUAGGGAGAAGCCCGGAGUGUGGAAUAGCUUCACUCAUCGUUUAAGCCUAUGUUCACAUUGAAGGAUUCAUAUUGGAGAGAAACCCUAUAUAUGCCUAUGUUGAUUUUUUGUGUGUGUGUGUGUCAGGAGCAACCGGAGUUGCUUCUGGCAGGCUCCAAAAGCCUAUGUUGAUGUGGGUGAUGGAUCUAAGGUGGAUAAAUUGAGAUACUAACAGCCAUCUGUCUCAAUUGUCCCCUCCACUCGACCACUCAGCAUCUGCUUAGUAGCACAAACAAAACUGCAUAGCUGUCAGCCGAUCCCGGCGGUAAUUAGUUUAUUUACACAGAUAUUUACAUAGACAGCAGUCAGAGCUCCUUGCACACAUGUUUCUCCGACAGCUACAUUAAUGGUCAUAGAAUCAUAGAAUAGUAGAGUUGGAAGAGACCUCAUGGGCCAUCCAGUCCAACCCCCUGCCAAGAAGCAGGAAAUCGCAUUCAUAGCACCCCCGACAGAUGGCCAUCCAGCCUCUGUUUAAAAGCCUCCAAAGAAGGAGCCUCCACCACGGCCCUGGGGAGAGAGUUCCACUGCCGAACAGCCCUCACCGUGAGGAAGUUCUUCCUGAUGUUCAGGUGGAAUCUCCUUUCCUGUAGUUUGAAGCCAUUGUUCCCUUGCGUCCUAGUCUGCAGGGCAGCAGAAAACAAGCUUGCUCCCUCCUCCCUAUGACUUCCCCUCACAUAUUUGUACAUGGCUAUCAUGUCUCCUCUCAGCCUUCUCUUCUGCAGGCUAAACAUGCCCAGCUCUUUAAGCCGCUCCUCAUAGGGCUUGUUCUCCAGACCCUUAAUCAUUUUAGUCGCCCUCCUCUGGACGCUUUCCAGCUUGUCAACAUCUCCCUUCAACUGUGGUGCCCAAAAUUGGACACAGUGUGAUUCCAGGUGUGGUCUGACCAAGGCAGAAUAGAAUAAGGGGAGCAGGACUUCCCUGGAUCUAGACGCUAUUCCCCUAUUGAUGAGGCCAGAAUCCCAUUGGCUUUUUUAGCAGCCGCAUCACAUUUCUGGCUCAUGUUUAACUUGUUCCCCACAAGGACUCCAAGGUCUUUUUCGCACACACUGCUGUCUAGCCAGGCCUUGUCCCCCAUUCUGUAUCUUUGAUUUCCAUUUUUUCUGCCAAAGUGAAGUAUCUUGCAUUUGUCCCUGUUGAACUUCAUUUUGUUAGUUUUGGCCCAUCUCUCUAGUCUGUCAAGAUCGUUUUGAAUUCUGCUCCUGUCUUCUGGAGUGUUAGCUAUCCCUCCCAGUUUUGUGUCGUCUGCAAACUUGAUGAUCGUGUCUUCUAACCCUUCGUCUACGUCGUUAAUAAAGAUGUUGAACAGAACCGGGCCCAGGACGGAGCCCUGCGGCACUCCACUUGUCACUUCUUUCCAUGAUGAAGACGACGCAUUGGUGAGCACCCUUUGGGUUCGUUCGCUUAGCCAAUUACAGAUCCACCUAACCGUAGUUUUGUCUAGCCCACAUUUUACUAGUUUGUUUGCCAGAAGGUCGUGGGGGACUUUGUCGAAGGCCUUACUGAAAUCCAGGUACGCUACAUCCACAGCAUUCCCUGUAUCGACCCAACUCGUAACUCUGUUGAAAAAAGCGAUCAGAUUAGUCUGGCAUGACUUGUUUUUGGUAAAUCCGUGUUGACUAUUAGCAAUGACCGCAUUUGUUUCUAAGUGUUCGCAGACCACUUCCUUAAUGAUCUUUUCCAGAAUCUUGCCUGGUAUCGACGUGAGGCUGGCGGUAAUUGUUUGGGUCGUUCUUUUUUCCCUUCUUGAAGAUAGGGACCACAUUCGCCCUCCUCCAAUCUGCUGGGACUUCUCCCGUUCUCCAAGAACUCUCAAAUAUGAUCGCCAGUGGUUCUGAAAUAACUUCCGCUAGUUCCUUCAGUACUCUUGGAUGGAGCUGAUCUGGCCCUGGGGACUUGAAUUCGUUUAGAGUGGCCAGGUGUUCCUGGACAACUUGUUUCCCUAUUUGGGGUUGGAUUUCCCCAAAUCCUUCGUCCAUUUCAUGUUGCUGAGGUUGAAGAUGGCUUUCUUUUUGUGAGAAGACCGAGGCAAAGAAGGCAUUAAGCAGUUCUGCCUUUUCCCUGUCCCCUGUCGCCAUCACCCCAUCUUCUCCUCACAGUGGCCCUAUCGCCUCCUUUUUUUUCCUUUUUCUACCAACGUAAGCAAAAAAGCCUUUUUUGUUGUUUUUUAUGUCCCUGGCAAGCCUGAGCUCAUUUUGCGCUUUAGCCUUGCGAACCUUUUCCCUACAGGUGUUGGCUAUACGUUUGAAUUCUUCUUUGGUGAUUUCUCCCCUUUUCCACUUCUUGUGCAUGUCACUUUUGAGCUUUAGCUCAGUUAGAAGUUCUUUGGACAUCCAUUCUGGCUUCUUCGCAUGUGCCAUAUUUUUUUUCUUUGUUGGCACUGUUUGCAUUUGCGCCUUGAAUAUUUCACUUUUAAAAAACUCCCAUCCAUCGUUAACUCCCUUGUCUUUUAAUAUUGGCGUCCAUGGAAUGCUGCUCAGUAUUUCCUUCAUUUUUUGGAAGUCAGCUCUCUUAAAGUCCAGAAUGCGUGUUUGACUUGUCUUAGUUUCAGCCUUCCAUUGUAUCACAAACUGCAGGAGCACAUGGUCACUUGCCCCUAAGGAUCCGACGACUUCUACUGUAUUGAUCAGGUCUUCCACAUUUGUUAAGAUUAGAUCAAGAGUUGCUGAUCCCCUUGUUGCCUCCUCUACCCUCUGGACCAUAAAAUUGUCUGCAAGGCAAGUGAGGAAUUUGUUGGACUUUGUGCUCUUGGCCGAGUUUGUUUUCCAGCAGAUAUCAGGGAUAAUUGAAGUCGCCCAUGACUACUACAUCUCUUCUUUGUGCCUGUUUGGUCAGCUGUUGACAAAAGGCUUCAUCAAGUUCUAUAUCCUGGUUCGGAGGUCUGUAGUAGACACCCACGACGAGAUCUUUUUGAGUCCUGGUUCCCUUGAUUCUUAUCCAGAUGCUUUCAAGCUGGUUUCCCAGAUUACAGUCCUGCAUUUCUUUUGCAACAUAACUGUUUUUGACAUAUAAAGCUACUCCCCCUCCUCUCCCCUUUGUUCUAUUUCUGUGAAAGAGGUUAUAGCCCUCAAUGGCUACAUUCCAGUGAUGGGAGUCAUCCCACCAGGUUUCAGUGAAAGAGGUUAUAGCCCUCAAUGGCUACAUUCCAGUGAUGGGAGUCAUCCCACCAGGUUUCAGUGAUGCCUAUGACAUCGUACGUGUGGUGCUGUGCUAAAAGCUGGAGUUCGUCUUGCUUAUUUCCCAUGCUCUGCAUUAAUGUAAAGACAUGUGACCUCCCCUUGAGCUGUUUAUUUGGGAUUAUUGUGCUCUCGGUAAUUGGUCCUUGCUGUGUUUGUGCAGCCCUCCAUUUAGCCUUUUGGCAGUUCCCUGUGGUUGUGGGUAAUAUAGUGACAGAAAAGAACUCUUAUCAGUGAAGAAUAAUUCCUCCCAAAUUCCAUUGUCUGUGACAUAUCUUCCUUCUACGUUUGCAACAGUGGAAGUAGCAUUCCUUUCUCUCUAGGCUGUAAAUCAUUGCUCUAUGCGAUUAACUACUUCAGUACUACAUUGCUAACUGAAGCAAACUUACAUAGAAACAAUAGAUUAAACAUUUCACUACAUUUAACCACCCCGAGUCCCUGCGGGGAGAUGGAGGCGGGGUAUAAGAAUAAAAUUAUAAUAAUAAUAAUAAUAAUAAUAAUAAUAAUAAUAAUAAUAAUUACCUUGACAGCCUAGAGUAUGGGAAAAGCUAUGCACAGAGUUCCCAGCUCUGUAGACAUAAUAGAAUCCACGCUGGAGAGAACAGUGGUAUUUAACCCUAGAGCAGUGGUUCUCAACCUGUGGGUCCCCAGAUGCUUUGGCCUCAACUCCCAGAAAUCCCAGCCAGUUUACCAGCUGUUAGGAUUUCUGGGAGUUGAGGACCAAAACAACUGGGGAGGAACCCACAGGUUGAGAACCACUGCCCUAGAGAAUCUCUUUAAGGCAGAGCUUUCCAAACAUUUCAUGUUGAGGACACACUUUUUAGACAUGCAUCCUUUCGUGACAUGAUGAAUCAGUUUAACUAGCAAACUGGAGGUUAAACCAACCCCAUGUCAGAUUUUCAAUAUAGUGUAAUAUAAUAUGAUAUAAUAAUAUAUAGAGAUGGGUUUCAUGUAAGACUUACUGUAUAAACAAUUCUUGUGUAGUUUCCUCUAUAGCUGCUCCAUGUGGUUCAUUACAAACAUAAUUAUCAUCUGGUUUUAUUUCCUAAUCAAUUUUAGUAGUAACUAGCUGUGCCCGGCCAGAUGUUGCUGUGACUUAGGAGAAUCCUUUGUUGGCCAGGUGGAAUAGCAUUGAAUAGCCUUGCAGCCUCAAAGCCUGGCCGUUUUCUUCUUAUGGGAAUCCUUGUUUGAUGAGCUGGAACACAACGGAAUAGGCUUGAUGCUUGGAAGGCUGUGUACUUGCGUUCUAGGGGAAUGGUUUUUUGGGCUGCUAUAAUUGUAAUGAAAAGCCCCACUGCUUCAAAGCCUGGCUGUUUGUUACCUAGGGGAAUCUUUAGUUGGCCAGCUUCAAAAGUACAGAAUAGUAUCACUGCUUCAAAGCCUGGCCGCCUUCUCCCAAGGUUAAUCUUUUGUCUGGUUGAAUUGCACUGAAUAGCCAUGCAGCUUCAAUGCCUGGCUGUGUUAUACCUAGGGGAAUCUGUUUUUUUGGGGGGGGCGGGGUUGAGUGAAGGACAUACCUCGUAUGUGUUGGUGUAUUGUAUCCAAAUUUGGUGUGAUUUGGCCCAGUGGUUUUGUUGUUUACUCAGUCCUACAAAUGUACAUUACAUUAUAUAUAUAUAUAUAUAUACUAGCUGUGCCCGGCCACGCGUUGCUGUGGCUUAGUCUGGUGGUGUUGGUCAGUCUACAUUAGGUUGUAUUUAUGCUGUGACCUCCACCCUUCUUUAUACUCACAUUAGUAGUAGUAUUUGAAGUAUGUUACCUUCUUCAAUUUUUGUGUUGAUUGAUAAUUGCUUGAGAUCCCUGUUGUCUUUGGUUUGUUGUUAAUUGUAAUGUCUGAUUCUGCUGAGUGCGGUUUAUAUUUUUAUUGUGGUACAAUAGUCCUUUUUUUGUUUUGCCUGUGUAGGUGUUUAUUAUUAUUGUUGUUGUAGUGAUUAUGAAGGUUGGAUAAGUUAGAUGCUACUGAAUUGUUUUUUGGAGGCCCAGUGUAGCACUGACUGGCCUCUCAGCCUCAGUGCCUGGCUGUUUCUUGCCUGUGAUGGUGUUGAUUCUUGUUGUUGUUGUUGUUGUCAUUGUUAUUAUUGUAAUUGUUUUUUUGGAGGCCAAGUGUAAAUGUAGGGAUUGGGGAGGUGGAUGAGUUGUGUUGUCAAAUGUUGUAUUUGUUAUAGUCACAAUGCGUUGUUGUGAGUUUUGUGGGUCUGGAUUGUGGUUUUGUGGUGUGGUUGUGUUGUUACAACUGAGAGGCAAGGCUUUUGUGUUGUGUUGUGAAGUUUUGUAUUUCUGGGGCGUUUAGUUGUGUGCCAAGUUUUGUAUUUCUGGGGCGUUUAGUUGUGUUGUUAUAGUCACGAUGCAUUGUUGUGAGUUUUGUGGGUCCGGAUUGUGGUUUUGUGAUAUGGUUGUGUUGUUACAACCGGGAGGCAAGGUUUUUGCGUUGUGUUGCCAAGUUUUGUAUUUCUGGGGCGUUUAGUUGUGUGCCAAGUUUUGUAUUUCUGGGGCGUUUAGUUGUGUUGUUAUAGUCACGAUGCAUUGUUGUGAGUUUUGUGGGUCCGGAUUGUGGUUUUGUGGUAUGGUUGUGUUGUUACAACCGGGAGGCAAGGUUUUUGCGUUGUGUUGCCAAGUUUUGUAUUUCUGGGGCGUUUAGUUGUGUGCCAAGUUUUGUAUUUCUGGGGCGUUUAGUUGUGUUGUUAUAGUCAUGAUGCAUUGUUGUGAGUUUUGUGAGUCUGGAUUGUGGUUUUGUGGUGUGGUUGUGUUGUUACAACUGAGAGGCAAGGCUUUUGUGCUGUGUUGCGAAGUUUUAUAUUUCUGGGGCGUUUAGUUGUGUGCCAAGUUUCGUAUUUCUGGGACAUUUAGUUGUGUUGUUAUAGUCACGAUGCGUUGUUGUGAGUUUUAUGGGUCUGGAUUGUGGUUUUGUGGUGUGGUUGUGUUGUUACAACCUGGAGGGAAGGCUUUUGCGUUGUGUUGCCAAGUUUUGUAUUUACGGGGCGUUUAGUUGUGUUGUUAUAGUCACGAUGCGUUGUUGUGAGUUUUGUGGGUCCUGUGUGGUUUUGUGGUGUGGUUGUGUUGUUACAACUGGGAGGCAAGGCUUUUGCAUUGUGUUGCCAAGUUUUGUAUUUCUGGGGCGUUUAGUUGUGUUGUUAUUGCAUGAUGCGUUGUUGUGAGUUUUGUGGGUCUGGAUUGUGGUUUUGUGGUGUGGUUGUGUUGUUGUAACCUGGAGGCAAGCCUUUUGCAUUGUGUUGCCAAAUUUCGUAUUUCUGGGAUGUUUAGUUUUGUUGUUAUAGUCACUGCGCAAACAACUUUAUCAUUUUAUAUAUAUAGAUACUAGCUGUGCCCGGCCACGCGUUGCUGUGGCGUUGUCUGGUGGUGUUGGUGAGAAAUUGUUGAGGUAGUGGUGGUAUUGAAUGUCUGUUGUAUGGUUGUCUUUAUGUUUAGUGUGCACACUGAGUGGAUUAUAUGGGAGUGUGGAGUCAAGAUAAUCCAGUUCAAAGCAGAUAAUAUAAGAUUCUAAAUGGGUUAUAUAGCUGUGUGGAAGGGCCUUGAGUCUACACUGCCAUAUAAUCCAGUUAAAAUCUGAUAAUCUGUGGAAGAGGCCUAAGUGAGGCCUAACUGUGCCUGUCCCCUGGGCUGAGUAGGUUGCUAGGAGGCCAAGUGGCUGCCAGCCUUCUAACUGGCAGCAAUUGGAUAAAAACUAUUAUUCCUCUCCCUCUAAUUAGGACUUUAUUUUUCUUUUUCUUUUUUGUUGUAUCAACCUAGAGCCGCGGAUGAUGGGUUGUGUUGUCAAAUUUCGAGGUUGGGGGGCCUGUAGUUUUUUUGUUUUGUCCGCUGCCGUGAUGCCAUCACUCUUUUAUGUAUAUACUAGCUGUGCCCGGCCACGCGUUGCUGUGGCAAAAUAUGGUGGUAUGGGAAAUAAAGUAUUGAGGAAUUGGUGGUAGUUAAGGUAAAGGGUAAACGUUUUCCCCUGACAUUAAGUCCAGUCAUGUCUGACUCAGAGUGUUGGUGCUCAUCUCCAUUUCUAAGCCGAAGAGCCAGCGUUGUCCGUAGACUCCUCCAAGGUCAUGUGGGAUGACUGCAUAGAGCAGCGUUACCUUCCCGCCAGAGCAGUACCUAUUGAUGCACUCACAUUUGCAUGUUUUUGAACUUCUGGGUUGGCAGAAGCUGGAGCUAACAGUGGGGGCUCUCUCCGCUCCCCCAAUUCAAACCUGCAGCCUUUCAGUCCAGAAGUUCAGCAGCUCAGCGCUUUAACACGCUGCGCCAUCAGGGGAUAUUAUUUCCUAAAGGUUGUGAAUAUACAAUAUUUCUGAUUGGUUUUUUUUGUCUGUUGGAGUCAAGUAUGAAUGCUGCAAUUAGGAAAAAUGAUUAGGAUGUAAUGGCCUUGCAGCUUUAAAGCCUGGCUGCUUCCUCCCUGAGUGAAUUUUUUGUUGGGAGGUGUUAGCUGGCCCUGAUUCUUUCCUGUCUGGAAUUCCCUUGUUUUCAGAGUGGUGUUGUUUGCAAUAUUUUAUGUGCGUCUACUGUCUGUGGCCCUGAGAAAACAGAGGAUUUGCCAGACUUUGAUGAUGGGAAUACUUUGUUGGGAGGUGUUAGCUGGCCCUGAUUGUUUCCUGUGUGGAAUUCCCCUGUUUAUUUACUGUCCUGGUUUUAGAGAUUAUAUUGUUCUGCAUUAUUCUAUCCCAGUAAUUAUUUCAUAUUAAAGUAGAAUCUCACUUAUCCAACAUUCACUUAUAUAAUGUUCUGGAUUAUCCAACGCAGUCUGCCUUUUCAUAAUCAAUGUUUUUGUAGUCAGUGUUUUAAAUUCAUUGUGAUAUUGUAGUGGUAAAUUUGUAAAUACAGUACAGUAGAGUCUCACUUAUCCAACAUAAACAGGCUGGCAGAAUAUUGGAUAAGCGAAUAUGUUGGAUAAUGAGGAAUUAAGGAUGAGCCUAUUAAACAUCAAAUUAAGUUAUGAUUUUACAAAUGAAGCACCAAAAUAUCAUCUUAGACAACAAAUUUGGCAGAAAAAGUAGUUCAAUACACAGUAAUGCUAUGUAGUAAUUACUGUAUUUAUGAAUUUAGCACCAAAAUAUCACAAUAUAUUGAAAACAUUGACUACAAAAAUGCAUUGGAUAAUCCAGAACAUUGGAUAAGCGAGUGUUGGAUAAGUGAGACUCUACUGUAAUUACUACAUAGCAUUACUGCGCAUGGAACUACUUUUUCUGUCAAAUUUGUUGUAUAAUAUGAUGUUUUGGUGCUUAAUUUGUAAAACGAUUACCUAAUUUGAUGUUUAAUCGGCUUUUCCUGAAUCCCUUCUUAUUAUCCAACAUAUUCACUUAUCCUGCCGGCCUGUUUAUGUUGGAUAAGUGAGACUCUACUGUAUAUUGAUAAUCUUAAAUUAUCUGCUUAGAACUGGAUUAUAUGAGGCCCCUUCUUCACAGCUGUAUAAAAUGCACACUGAAGUGGAUUAUAUGGCAGUGUGGAGUCAAGAUAAUCCAGUGCAAAGCAGAUAAUGUAAGAUUAUAAAUGGGUUAUAGAGCUGUAUAGAAGGGCCUUGAGUCUACACUGCCAUAUAAUCCAGUUAAAAUCAGAUAAUCUGUGGAAGAAGCCUAAGUGAGGCCUAAAUUUGCCUGUCCCCUAACUGAAGCCUGGCUGUCCCUUGGCUGGUUGCUAGGCAACCAAGUAGGCAGAGAUUAGCCCUCUAAACUGUCAGCAAUUGGAUAAGAAAAAUUAUUGCUCUCCCUCUAAUUAGGACUUUAUUUUUCUUUUCUUUUUGUUGUAUCAACCUGGAGGCAUGGAUGAUGGGUUGUGUUGUCAAAUUUUGAGGUUGGGGGGCCUGUACUUUUGUUGUUUUGUCCACUGCCCUGAUGCCAUCACUCUUUUAUAUAUAUAUAGAUAGAUAGAUUGUUACUACACCGCGAGCUGGACAGGGGGAGUGUGUCCCUGCUGGUUCUGCUGGACCUCUCAGCGGCCUUCGAUACCGUUGAUCACGGUAUCCUUCUGGGGCGCCUUGCCGGGAUGGGUCUCGGAGGUACUGUUCUGCAGUGGCUCCGGUCCUUCCUGGAGGGUCGGUCCCAGAUGGUGUCCUUGGGGGACACCUGCUUGGCCCCACAACCAUUGACUUGUGGGAUCCUGCAGGGGUCAGUACUGUCCCCCAUGUUGUUCAACAUAUACAUGAAGCCGCUGGGAGAGAUCAUCCGGAGUUCCGGGGUGCGGUGUCAUCUGUACGCAGAUGAUGUCCAGCUCUGUCACUCCUUCCCACCUGUCACUCAGGAGGCUGUUCAGGUCCUGAACCAGUGUCUGGCCGCUGUGUCGGACUGGAUGAGGGCUAACAAAUUGAAAUUGAAUCCAGACAAGACAGAGGUCCUCCUGGUCAGUCGUAAGGCUGAACAGGGAAUAGAGUUACAGCCUGUGUUGGACGGGGUCGCACUCCCCCUGAAGACACAGGUGCGCAGUCUGGGGGUUCUUCUCCUGGACUCAUCGCUGAGCCUGGAGCCUCAGGUCUCGGCAGUGGCCAGGGGAGCCUUCGCACAACUAAGACUUGUGCGCCAGCUGCGCCCGUUCCUUGGGAGGUCUGACUUGGCCACGGUGGUCCACGCUCUCGUUACAGCUCGUUUGGACUACUGCAACGCUCUCUACGUGGGGUUGCCUCUGAAGACGGCCCGGAAGCUCCAACUAGUACAACGGGCGGCAGCCAGACUAAUAACUGGGGCGGCUUAUAGGGUGCGUACCACCCCCCUGCUAAGCCAGCUCCACUGGCUGCCGAUAUGCUACCGAGCCCAAUUCAAAGUGCUGGUUUUGACCUAUAAAGCCCUAAACGGUUCUGGCCCAAUCUACUUGUCCGAACGUAUCUCCUCCUAUGAGCCAGGAAGAUCCCUGAGGUCAUCUGGAGAGGCCCUGCUCUUGGUCCCGCCUGCCUCACAGGCACGGCUGGUGGGAACGAGGGACAGGGCCUUCUCGGUGGUGGCUCCCCGGCUAUGGAACACCCUCCCCAGAGAUAUAUGGCAAGCCCCAACCCUUUUGAGUUUUAGAAAAGCCUUAAAAACAUGGCUUUGUGCCCAGGCUUUUAAUGAAUAAAUGAUAAAGACGACCCAGAUUGUUAAAUGGAUAAAGUUGGAGGAUAUUGGACAAACGGAUUUUAAACACGUUUUAUGUUUUAUAUUUUAUACUGUAUUGAAUUGGUUGUAUUUUUUAUAUGUUGUUGUUUUUAAUGAUGUAUCGGCAUCGAAUUGUUGCCAAUUGUACGCGGCCCGAGUCCCUCCGGGUGAGAAGGGCGGGAUAGAAAUAUUUGAAAUAAAUAAAUAAAUAAAUACUGCAACUUAAUCAACAAUUUGUGGAAGUAACAGAAGUAAUAACAGAAGCUGCACUUGGAACACACCAGCAUCCCCCUCUGUGAUGAUUAAACCUCUCUGAAUGUUUCUAAACAGAGGCUGGAUAGCCCUCCGUGGAUGCUUCGACUGUGUCUUCCUGACUGACUGACUGACUGACUGACUGGGGAUGGACUGGAUGCCCUUUGAGGCCCCUUCAACUGGGGGCAGGAAGCGUUGUUCAUGGGAUGCGCCUGUGGAUGACAACCGGCAUGCUUGUGCGUCACGGCACACCGUUUGGAAGCCUCUGCUCUAAGACACAAGAAGGCAAUGCUCGUUAAUGCUAAAAAUGAGAGCACAGCACUGGGAUAUUUUUAUCGUAUUGUCGUGUCUUUGAAGAAAGGCUCGGAAAUAUUGGACUCGAUGCUGGAAGAAAAAUAUUAAAUUUACAUUGACAAGAGUUUUGUUUCAUAGGAAUGCUGGACAGUCGUCUGGACUGCUGUGUUAUGAAUAACUUUCCAAUAACUUUAAAGCAUAAGUUCUUUGUAUGGCAAUUUCAGUGUGAAGGGUAUAUCAUCAUCAUCAUUCAUCAUCAUUUAAUUACUUAUUAAUCGCCCUCCCUCCACGAUGCUCUAGGCCAGGGGUCCACAAUCCUUCAGACUGUUGAGGGGCCGGAUUAUCAUUUGAAAAAAAAUACAAACAAAUUCCGCUGCA